AUGUCACGAAAAGUUAUUAUUGUCGGUGAUGGUAUGGUCGGUAAAUCCGCCCUCCUUCAGGCCUUUGUUCAUGGUGUUUUCCACGAAACUUACAUUCCCACAGUCUUUGAAACCACCGCUAUGGAUGUUGAAGUGGCUGGAGGCAGAAAUGUCACUUUGGGACUUUGGGAUACCGGUGGACAGGAGGAAUUUGAUCAAAUCCGUCAACUUGCCUAUCCUGGAGCUCGGGUAAUUCUUCUUUGCUACGCAGUGGACUCAUCGACAAGCCUGUCAAACAUAGUGCACACAUGGAGUCCCGAAGUGCGUCAAUUUUGUCCCCGAGUUCCAGUACUCCUUGUCGGUUGCAAAUCCGAUCUACGUGGUCUUGAGCGGUAUCGAGGGCGACUGGUGAAUCCAAGAGAGGCUACUGAUGUUCAAAAACGAAUUGAAGCGAGAAUUCACAUUGAGUGUUCUGCCAAGACCCUGUCCAAUGUCCACACAGUUUUCCAACUAGCUGCUGAGUGUACUCUAGACGGCAAAGAAGUUGUGGCGUCCCAGUCACUGCGACGUGGUGCACAGUCCUGUGAAAUUGUUUAA